AUGACCAAAUAUUCACUGCACCCGGAAGGUGCAGUGAAUUGGGAAACCUCCGUCCAGGAGAUCGAAAGAGGAAUUAUUGGUCUGGAUCCCAUAGAGAAGGAUUAUAUACGUUGGAAGACUGUAUUAAAAAAUCAAGAAAAAUGGAAAAAAGGAAGAAGUAUUAACAAAGAUAUCCUAUAUACUAAGCGUUGGCUGAAAGCAAACAACUUAAUUGCCGCAAGAGCGGAUAAGAGUAAACAAAUAGUUGUAAUGAAAAAACAAACGUAUGACAAAGCCUUAGAAGAGUACAUCAAAAAGACGGAAUGUAUUAAGACCAGCAGUAAAAUUGUUGAGGCUAUUGAUAGAAGAGUUAGGAAACUGGAGGGAACCAAGCUUGCGAAGGUUUUACCUUUUAUCCGGAAAUGCCGUAACCCCAGACCUGGGAUCCCUAGACUAUUUGCCUUUGCUAAAACGCAUAAAGAGGGCAAGGAAAUAAGGCCAAUAGUGGAAAAGCAUAAAGCACCUACAUUUUUCUUAGAAAAAAGAUUGCAAGAAUAUAUCUCCUCCCUAAUGGAAAGUAGUAAUUUGGUUGCAAAAGAUCCGGUAAUGGUGGUUAAAGAGCUACAAGACAUUACUUUGAUGGAUGAAGAAGUGGGAACUGUGUUGGAUUAUGAGAGUUUGUACCCCUCGAUUAAAAUUAAUUCUUGUUUGGAAACUCUAUUGGAGUUAUUGUUUAGAGAAAACCCGACAUUAACGCAUCACAGAAACGAGGUUAUAGAAAUGGCUAAUCUUAUAUGUUGCGAAUCUUUUUUCACUUUCGAAGGCCAAACUUAUAAACAAAAUAGGGGAGUUCCGAUGGGAAGCCCAAUUUCUGGGCUUCUAUGCGAGCUUGUGGUUAGAAGAUUGGAAGAAAAAGUAUUGAAAAGCUUUGAAAGAGAAAUCGUUUACUACAAGAAAUAUGUGGAUGAUUUAUUUAUAAUAUGGAGGAAUAAUCGAGAAAUUACUAGCUUCAUGGAUAGAAUCAACGAUAACGAUAAAGGCCUCAGCCUGAAGCUAGAGCAGAAAAGUUCCAUAAUGGUACAUUUCUUAGAUAUUAAUAUCAUCUUUAGCAAAGGGCAUGUAUCCACCGUGUACAUCAAACCAACACAUAGCCCACUAUACAUCCCUGCUAAGUCCAAUGACCCGUAUCGUUACAAACUGGCAGCAUUUUGUACCUUGGUUAGAAGGGCUUUUCUAUACUGCGACAACGUUAUAGACCGGGUUACUGAUAUCGAAAGGAUCAUACAGUUAGCAGAAACAUUAGGAUAUAAGAGAAAUAUUAUAACGGGUAUUGUUAAAUUUGAGAAGAAUAAUGAUAAAGUCUCCAGACAAGGUCCAUCUAAGUACACAAAAUUUACAUUCAACAAAUACUUAGGAGGAAUUAUGAAGGAAAUUGCUAGCGUAAAAGAUUCAAAGAUGGCACAGGCCCAAGGAUCCCUUGUUGGAUGGGAGGAAGCGGAAGUCGUGAGACAAGUACACUCACCAACUUUGACGAAGACGGCCGAAAAAAUGGAGAUAUACAGGAGUAAACUUAAAGAAGGAUGCAUUAAUGCUAGAGAUGUGGAAGGUCUUCCUUCGGCUUGGAAGUUUGCCGUUAAAAAGCUUAUAAGUAGCGCGUCAACUGAAAUAUGA